AUGGAGCAAACACUGCGCAAAGCAGCCUCGAGCUUGGCUUUCACAACAAGUGCGAAAUCGAAGUCCGAGGCUGCGGCUCCCGAGAAGCUGCUUCAGCCGUCGUCCUUGAGACUUGGCUCAGAUGACUUGUUUCAUCCCUUUUCCUCGUCUCCGGUUCCCGACUUCAGACGCCGGGCAGCGUUUAUGAGACAAUAUGCCUAUUGUCCACACCCAGAUCAUAAGCCGACAAGGCUGCCGACCACGGCACCGAGGCAGGACACCGUUUCUGAAGCGGGUGGAGAGAUGGCACCGGCGCAUGUGAAUUUCGAGUGUCCAGACUGUGGAAUCCCUGUCUAUUGCAGCAAGGAGCACUGGAUGGACCACUACGAUAAGCAUCUAGAGGUCUGCGAUACUCUACGCCAAAUCAACGAAGACGACCAUGAUCUCCGGUCUGGCCGAGUCUUUCACGAGGCGAACCUGCCAGACCUACAGCUUGACGAGGCGGCUGUCAACAUGACAAACUGGGACACCUUUAUGUACACAAGAGAGUUCGAGGCCAUCAACUCUGACCGCUCAAUGAGACAAAUUACACGCCUUCUCACCUAUCCAAUAACCAUUGGGAGCGUGCUGCACGAGCUGAGUCCAUACAGCAUCAAGUCCGGGGAGAGGCUCACCGUCGAGGGGCUGAAGAGCUUAAGUGCCCUGAGGUACAACCUGCACCCCCCAAAGGCCGGACACGGAGUCGGCAUCAACCAGUUGCGUCCGGAGCCACCGCCUGUGCGGCUCUUUAUCCUGGGCGCGCGCGCCGAGUCGUCGCUACCGCGAGCGGCAUGGGUGCAACUCGCCCACCUGUUCCCGCAGGCGAGGCUGCAUCUGGUAUUCAUUGGGCCCGAGAGCAUGGCCAACCGAGACGACGAGUUUCCCUUGCCCGAGCGCACCGCGUCGAACCCGUUUGGGGCCGUGGUGGAAGAUCGCGUAUGGUAUCAGAUGAAGAUCAGCACCAUUGUCGAUUAUUAUCACACCAUCCACAGGACGGGGUACUUUGCACCGCACGAUCCGUACUUUGACUGCUUCGUCUUGUUCCACCCCGGUCUCGGGCACCCGGCGAGUAGCCAUGAGUGGGAAGAGACGUUGCCGCUGCUGCUGGAGACCAAGGUGCCCAUCAUCAGCACCGGAUACACUCAAUUUGACCUGGAACGGGAUGUGGAGUGGGUGCAGAAACGGUCAAAGGGCGAGUUUGAUGUGCUGUUGGAGCCUGGGGAGAAUAAGUUCCGAAGCCUCAGGUGGGAUUUGAACGACAUGGAUCCUCAGGACAUUAGCUGCGGCAACUGGGGGGUAUGGGCUUUCCGCGGCAAGAGGUACGAGACGACGACGAAAGACACGUAA